AUGAUUAAACGUCAAAUCCACUUUCUUUGUGUUUCAAACAUGCUAUUUUUCAAAGUUGUACUUUUGACAAUCAUUGUUUCAGGAUGUGUCGCCUACUCUCCAGCAACUUGGGUUGUUUCUCACUUAGCUAUUAGUUAUCUACUUACGACGGUUUCCUUCGAACAUAUAUUUUACCAAAGAAUGAUAAUUGUAUUAGUUGGUCUAAGCCAUAUUCAGGAGGCCACAAUUAACAUAUACAAGAGUUGUCGUGUUUCAGAUAAUCCGAAAGAUGAUGAUUCUACUUGCCAUAAAGCUGUUUCAGAUACCGUUAUUGGGGUUGGAUUAGGUACAGGUAUAUCAAUCUACCUGCUUUUGGAAUGA